AUGGCUCUGGAAUCCACUCCCGCCACCAGCAAUGCCGCCACUGCACCACCUCCUCCGGCAGCAGGUCGGGAGUUCAUUAUUCCAACCUUGGCCCAAAGGUUCAGAGCGGAGAUGGUGGACUUCUUCAUUCUCUUUUUCAUAAAAGCAGCUGUCAUUUUAAGCAUCGUGCAUUUCAGCGGAAUCAAAGAUAUUUCUAAAUUUGCGAUGCACUACAUCAUUGAAGAAGUAGACGAGGAUACCUCCAUGGAAGACCUGCAGAAAAUGAUGGUGGUGGCACUUAUUUACAGGCUUCUUGUUUGUUUUUAUGAGAUCAUCUGCAUUUGGGGAGCAGGUGGUGCAACUCCCGGAAAGUUCCUGCUCGGCCUUCGGGUUGUGACGUGUGAUAACUCUGUGCUAGUUGCUCCAAACAGAGUGUUAGUGAUCCCUUCCACAAAUGUUAAUAUGACUGCGUCGACGGUCCGAGCGGUGAUCAAGAAUUUCUCCAUUGCUUUCUUCUUCCCGGCAUUUAUUACAUUGCUAUUCUUCCAGCAUAACAGAACAGCCUAUGAUAUUGUAGCAGGUACCAUCGUUGUAAAGAGGAACAUGAGAUGAUGCUUUACUAGUCAUUAGAACAUUGGCUGGCCUACACACCACGGAGUUCCUCUGGAAACCUAUUUAUUAAGCUUUUUUUUGUAAAAAAUCAGUUUUUAACUGUAAAAGGUGUUAUUGAAUGCAAGAUAAUCUUCAUGGGGCCACUCGAUGGCCAUCUUCAUUGUUGCUUCAAAUUAUCAGUAUUGUCAUUUGGAGGAAACGGCUCUGGAUUCCGAGAUACAUAUAGAAAGUGCUUUUGAAAUGUGGACUUUCCAUAGGUUUGUAUAGACUGUAUGAAGUAUAUUACUAAACCCUGCACAGUCUCAGGCUGAGGUAUGAAACA